AUGUCCGCCAUGAUCGCCCGCACUGCUGUCCGCGCCGCCACUCGCGUGGCCGGCCAGACCUCGUCCUUCUCGACGGCCCAUGUGCUGCGCAACACGGCCGAGGCCCCCCGCCGCGGCGGCAUUGCCGGCAUUUUCCCGCGCCGCAUCGGCUGGGGCGGUGCCCUUGUUCUCUUCUCGCUCGGCGUUGCAGACGGCACGCUGUCCACGACGUGGUACCUGUCGCGGGGCAAGCAGGAGUAG